GUCGGUGGUUUCACACGUGCGCACACACACACACACACACACCUUGAUACUUUAAUGUGAAACUUAUUUUCUGAUAAAUAAUUCACAAUCCUCAUCCGUUCAGCCUCAGUGUGUUAAACGUAAGGUGGAUGACCUCUCAGAGUCGUAGACGGCGUCACAGUGUUUUAUGUUAUCUACCUGGUGUUUUUAUUGUUGCCCGUCCCUCUCCAGUCCCAGUAGGUCAACUGGUGAAUGAUUUACAAGACUAGGAUGAGCCCAGUAUAUAUUUACCGUACAGGAGGAAGUGAACCCAGACUUCUGUUUCUACUGGGCUCGUUAAUAUCAGACGCGUAAGACCAUCAUCACCACAUCGGACCAGACAUAUCCAGCUCUACACCAGUUAUCAACUCUGGACAGACCAUCAAGCGAGCAGCUGUGGAGGAGAGACGAGGUGGAGACGGAGAAGAAGGGGGAGGAGACGGAGGCUUCAUACGCAGCAGACCCCCUGUAGACCAUGACCGCAGGCCGCCCAGCGCCCCUGUCCUGAUGCAGCCCCCGGUCCACGCCCAGCUGGCGGCGUUGUGCCUCAGCCUGGUGAGCUGGACGCUGGGCGUGGCCUCUCUGGGCGUGGUGGAGUGGAGGGCGUGGCACGUGGAGGACCGCAGCGUCGUCACGUCGGGCGUGGCCGCGGUGGGCGUGUGGCGGACCUGCUUCCACAGCCAUGUGCUCGUCAGCCCCGGGCUGAGGGUCAUGUUCUGCCGCGGGAUGGGCGUGGCCGAGGGCUUCCUGCCCGAUGAGAUCACGGCGGUGCAGGUGGUGGUCCCGCUGGGCCUGGCGGUCGGGCUGGGGGGCAACGCCGCCGCCGUGGCCGCCCUGAGGGGGGUCUACGUCGGGCGGGGCUGGGGCGGGGCCCGGGCCUUCCUCUGGGCAGGGUGGCUCUGCGCGCUGUCGGCCCUGCUGUCCCUGGGGCCCCUGGCCUGGAACCUGCACUCCAUGCUGGGGAACCAAACCAUCGCCUUCCCCCCCGAGUUCCACCUGCCGACCGAGCCCGUCCGGCAGAGCCCCGGGGUGGGGGUCGUCGUGGCGACGGCGGCCGCGGUGCUGAUGCUGAUCAGCGGCAUCAUGUUCCUCUGCUACCGGCCCCCCCCGGCCCCCGCGGGCCCCACGGGGGCCCGGAGGGCGGGGCCUCGAGGCGGCGCCCUGUUGGAGGCGGGGCUAGACACCCUCCGUCUGAGGGGGUUCAGCGCCGCCACGGGGAAAGACAACGCCGGCUUUGAGCCUCACACACGCCUCUGAGACACUUAACUUAACUAAGGGGGUUCCAAAGACACUUAACUUAACUAAGGUGGUUCCCAAGGCACUUACCUUGACUAAGGUGGUUCCCAAGACACUUAACUUAAAUAAGGUGGUUCCCAAGACACUUAACUUAACUACGACAACACCGGCUUUGAGCCUCACGAACACCUCUGAGACACUUAACUUAACUCAGGUGGUGCCCAAGGCACUUAACUUAAAUAAGGUGGUUCCCAAGACACUUAACUUAACUAUGGAGGUGCCCAAGACACUUAACUUAUAAGAUGGUACCCAAGGCACUUAACUUAACUAUGGAGGUGCCCAAGACACUUAACUUAACUAUGGAGGUGCCCAAGACACUUAACUUAACUAAGGUGGUUCCCAAGACACUUAACUUAAAUAAGGUGGUUCCCAAGACACUUAACUUAACUAUGAUCACGCUGGCUUUGAGCCUCACCAACGCCUCUGAGACACUUAAAUGAUGACGUUCCCUCAGAGGGCUACUGGCUCCAGGUCUUUAUUCUUAACAUUUACAUUUGGGGUGAGAGGGGCGGCUGUGCAGAGUCCAGGGGAACUCUGAACUCUGCACAAGUGUGUCUUGAGUCUAACCGAAGCUAAAGGUGUGAAUGCAAACCUUUUAAUGCAGUCCUUUGUUUCGGAGAGAAUACGGACAGAGUUCCACCUACCUCAGGGAAGCCCGAAGGUCUCAGUGAUAGAUGGAGACCUGUGAGACCUCAUCCUAUAUCACAUUCUAUCCACCCUAUGAGCGGGCAAUGAGGGUCAGAUGAUCAGAUGAAUGGGUGAAUUCAUGUGUUCACAGUACAUCGUUGUCCUGCUCGCCUCCCACCUUAGCCUCACUAUCUUAAAUCAGAGACCCUCCUCUUCUCAGCACCACCGAGCCAUACCGCCCACCUCCCUCCUGACCCCCCCCCCCGGGUGACGGAGCCCCCAGGGGCCCGCCCGACCCCUCCGGGUUCAGCCGCCGCUGCCGCCGCGCCGCGGGCUAUGAUUAGCUUCCUUGUUUGGCUAACAGAAUGUUCUGUCUCCGCAUGGAAGUCACAUGCCCCCCCCUCCCCAGCUGCUGCUUAGCAUACAAUGGGCCCCGGGGCCUCUGAUGUGGACCCCCGCUGGCCGCUGAUAGAGAGCCCCCACGGAGACAUAAUGCCCGCAUUGUAGUGAGGGCCACAAUGGAGGCUUUCACCACCAACAAGGUGGGGGGGGUGAGUGUCAUCGAUCAGGAAACAUGAUGGACAUUAACGUGUAAACAUUAUGGACAUUAACGUGUAAACAUUAUGGACAUUAACGUGUAAACAUGAUGGACAUUAACGUGUAAACAUUAUGGACAUUAACGUGUAAACAUUAUGGACAUUAACGUGUAAACAUGAUGGACAUUAACGUGUAAACAUGAUGGACAUUAACGUGCAAACAUUAUGGACAUUAACGUGUAAACAUGAUGGACAUUAACGUGUAAACAUGAUGGACAUUAACGUGUAAACAUUAUGGACAUUAACGUUUAAACAUGAUGGACAUUAACGUUUAAACAUGAUGGACAUUAAAAUUUAAACAUGAUGUACAUUAACGUUUAGAUUUAGGGUGUUUACCAGAUGCUUUUACCCAGAGGGACUCACAAUAAGAACAUUAGUCAGAAGAAAGAGAAACAAUGAUGUAUCUCUGUGGGUACAGUAAGGAUGUUUAAAGAACCAAGUGCCAAGCACUAACAAUCACUAGGUUAACCCAUUCCCGUAUGCAACACAGAUAGGAUAAGACGCUACACAACUAAGUACUGUUUUUAGUGGUGGUGGGUAAUGUGUGGGGGCAAUCGUUAUAAAAAAGGUGUUUGUCUUUGUUAAUCGUAGGACUGCUCUUGUAUAAUCAGUAUGACAGUCGUGCUACACAGGGACUACUCCUGGUAGGCUGAUCUGGUCUGUUUAUGAAUGCCGAACUCUCUUAUCAGCAGUUACCUGCAGAUCACAGUUCAUGUUUGUCGUUUUUUAUGUGGUUCUGCCUUGCAUUGUGUUUUAUAUGUUUUUGUCAUUGUGGAGACCUGGGAAUUGAUGGACAGGUCAUCUUUCUCCACAAAUGUGAACUCGGACAGAAACAAAUUAUUGCUUAAUUUUUUGAGAGAAAUCGAUCUCUCCCAUGUUUAUGUUGAUGUUACAUUGUUCCAAUUUUUGACUCGAUUUACUAUUAUAACUAUUAUAUUACUAUACUAACUAUUAUAAAAACGGUCUGAAAAACACAAACGUACUUGUGUUCAUAAUCCAUAAUGCUAUCCUGAAGGAUAUCUGGUUAGAUUUAGAAUGAUUUCAAUAUUGGAAUUAAAUUCUAAAUAAAUUAAUGUAAAACCCUUGAUCACAACAAAUACAAUAUAUACUUUGACAUUUAUUAAUGAAAUUAUCAGCAUGUUUUACAUUUGUUUGCUAAAUGACAUUCAAGGUUUCUGAUAAAUUAUAUAUUAUGGUACAGUACAUUCAACUAUAACCUCUGGCAUCUGAUUGAAAUAUCAUCAUUAAAUAUAAUAUAUUCACCAACUGUUUUAUGUUGACGUCUAUGACAUUGUGGUCGAUUAAACAAUGACUCCUCAAA